AUGUGGAAAAUUAGCAGGAUUUUAAUUGUUGUUGUGUCAAGUCUUGUAACACUGAUGUCCUUAGUCAUAUUGGGUGUCACCAUUUUUGCGAUUGUUCACUACAAAAACAGAUACACCUUUGUCCCAUGGAACAUUAUGGUCAUGACAAUAUUAACUGGAAUUACUGGGGCUAUAACUUUCAUUACUGGACUUGUAUCGAUCACUGGCGGUAUUCUUCAACGCAAGAUCUUCACGAUGGCUACCGUUGUCAUGCUGAUAUUCUCCACAGCUAUCGUCACGUUCAUCGGGCUUUACUCCCUUUCUGGAGUGAUUUCGACAGAAAAAACAUUAGAGCGUGGGUGGAGCGAAAUGGGCACUGACGAGGACAAGAUCAGACAAUUCGAAGAAGUGUGGGGGUGCCACAACUUCAACGAAAAGAUACCUGUUGUCAAUGUGACUGAAACUUCCAUCUCUUCGAACGACUUGCCGUAUUGCUCUGAAGUCCUUAAAACACCAUUUUUGCGAUAUAGUGGGGUGAUGCUGGGACUUUCUCUGAUUGUCUAUUUUUUGUUGAUUGGCAUGCAAAUCAUCGUCAGUUUCCACGUCUCUAAAGACGACAAGCCCGCAAAACUCGGCUUUGAACCGAUUGAUAAGGAACUUGGAACGGUUCCUUUCCAACAAGAGACUCCUCAAAAUCAGUAA